AAUUUUCUUAAAUACAAUGGGAAUUGUUCAUCCCUAAAAUGAGUAAAUCCCUAAAAUCAAGAGCUAACCGACACAUAACAGCAGCGACGCGCCCCUGUUUUUUGCACUCAUCAGUCAUUAGUGGCAUAGACAGCGGCGCGUCUUCUUCACACACUGACCAACCCAUGUACAUUUCACCGUAGUGCGCGUCACAAGCUCAAAAUUAAUGCUUUCAUCGACCACAGUAAAACUCGCCCUUCUUAAACUCCGCUUUCAUCGACCACAGCGGCGCGUCUUCUUCACACACUGACCAACCCAUGUACAUUUCACCGUAGUGCGCGUCACAAGCUCAAAAUUAAUGCUUUCAUCGACCACAGUAAAACUCGCCCUUCUUAAACUCCACUUCCCCACUCCAUUCUCUCUCUGCAACUCCAUUUUUCUAAAAGAUUUUAGACAGAGGAAAAGCAGAGACUAAUCUGACAAAUUAUGGUUUUGAAAUUACUCUUUUUGGUAUCACUUAUAUUGCUAUUUUCUACCGCCGCACAUUCCCAGCUGCAGCCCAUCUUAAGCACGAACUAUUACCAGAAAAAAUGCCCAAGAUUUGAGCAAAUAAUGCAAGACACCACCACAAACAAGCAGAUCGCUUCCCCGACAACAGCCGCCGCUACCCUCCGCCUCUUCUUCCAUGACUGCUUCAUGGGUGGCUGCGACGCCUCCGUCCUCAUCUCUUCCACCCCCUUCAACAAAGCCGAGCGCGAUGCCGACAUCAACCUCUCCCUCCCCGGAGACGGCUUCGACGUGGUGGUCCGAGCUAAGGCCGCCAUUGAACUCGCCUGCCCCGGCGUCGUCUCCUGCGCCGACAUUCUCGCCUUCGCAACCCGAAAUCUAGUCCUAAUGAUGGGCGGCCCGUAUUACUCCGUCAAACUAGGCCGCAAGGAUUCUCUUAUUUCGAAAGCUUCCUAUGUGGAAGGGAAUUUACCAAGACCCACAAUGCCGAUGAAUCAAAUAAUCCAGAUUUUCACAUCCAGAGGAUUUUCCAUUCAAGAAAUAGUGGCUUUAUCAGGAGCCCACACCAUUGGAUUUUCACACUGCAAAGAAUUCAGCUCCAUUCUAUACAACUACAGCAGAAAUGGUCAAUCUGACCAAUCUUACAACCCCAGAUUUGCUCAGGCACUGAGAAAUGCUUGUGCAGAUUACAAUAAAAACCCAACACUUUCAGUAUUCAACGACGUAAUGAGUCCGAAUAAAUUCGACAAUAUGUAUUACCAGAACUUGCAGAAAGGUUUGGGGAUUCUUUCGUCGGACCACGCAUUGAAUUCGGAUCCAAGAACUAAAGGGUACGUGGAACUGUAUGCUAAGAAUCAGAAUGCAUUUUUUGUGGCAUUCGCAAGAGCAAUGGAGAAGUUGAGCGUGUACGGGGUCAAGACUGGAAGAAGGGGUGAGAUCAGGCGGAGAUGUGACGCUUUUAAUAACUGAUGAAUUUUUAUAUUUCUAUUAUUAUUCUCCUUUUAAUUACAUUGUUGUAACAAUCUCAUAAUUCAUAAAACAUUAUGUCUGAACAUACAUUUUAGCAUAUGAUCGGAGAUUAGGCGAAGAACAAUCACUAUUAUC